GAGGGCGGAGAGCCGGAACUACAGAAGGAAGAACGACGUCGCUAAUUCCUGUUAGGUGUUCGACACAGUUUGCUGGGUUCCAGUUCGCUUCGGCAUAGGUUCCCGCGUUCUUCGGAUUGGAGGACUGUUUUGUGUUCGUCGGUCUGAGAGGGUAAGGAGGCGUGGCCGGCGGCGGAGGGGGCGUGACCGGCGGCGGAGGGAUUCGGCGCGCUUACGCUAAGGCCGCUGGGCGCGCAGUUUGUGGCGCCAGAAUUCAGAGCGCGCGAGCGCCUGAGAAGCAUCCUCCGGAGCUCGGUAUUUCUCUCCCCCGCCUCGGGUUCCGGCUUUUGAAGCGGGACACGAUGGUGGUCCUCCGCAGCAGCCUGGAGCUGCACAGUCACUCCACCAUCUCUUCGGCCACCGACUCUCUGGACCUGUCCAGUGAGUUCCUCAGCCUGGAACACAGCGGCCGGAGGCGGCCCAGCUUGGCCCGAGCCGCGGGGAAAUCUACUGUGCCCAAAGCGGAGGCGGCGGGCGAUGGAUCCUCAGUUAAGGGAGUUGAAAUCUGCCACAAUACACGUUCUUUAAGGUCUUUGAGAAAGCAAGUACAAACUUCUUCGGAUUCUAGUUCUGAUAAGAAUGUGGAAAGAACAGAGAAAUACUGCGAUGGCAGACAUUUCACAAGGCAGUUGGCUCAACAGCAGGCUGAUAAAAAAAAGGAAGAAUGCCAAGAAGACAAAGCUAUUCCAGUUAUUCGCUCAUUGAGGAAUAGAAACAUUGCUCCGAGUACAGAACAUUUGCAUGAACAAAGUGGAGAUGUUGAAGUUCGAAGAAGUUGUAGGAUUAGAACAUGUCGUUACAGUACCAUGAACCAGUCUGUGCUAUUUGAUAAGCUUAUAACAAACACUGCUGAAGCUGUACUUCAAAAGAUGGAUGACAUGAAGAAGAUGCGUAGACAGCGAAUGAAGAACCUUGAAGAUUUGGGCGUGUUCAAUGAAACAGAAGAGAGUAAUCUUACAAUGUACACAAGAGGAAAACGAAAGGCUAUUCAGCAGGCUGAUGAAGAAACAACAGAUAACCAAGACGGCAGUGUGGAGUCAUCUGAAGAGGGUGAAGAGCGAGAGGAUGAUGAUGGUGAAGAUGAAGAAGAUGAUGAAGAUGAAGAAGAAGAUGGAGAAGAAGAUAAUCAGAAAAGAUACUAUCUUAGGCAGAGAAAAGCAACUGUUUACUACCAAGCUCCACUGGAAAAACCUCGUCACCAGAGAAAGCCCAACAUGUUUUAUAGUGGCCCAGCUUCUCCUGCAAGACCAAGAUACCGGUUGUCGUCUUCAGGACCUAGAAGUCCCUAUUGUAAACGAAUGAACAGGCGAAGGCAUGCCAUCCACAGUAGUGAUUCUACUUCCUCCUCCUCCUCCUCUGAAGAUGAAUGCUUUGAGAGGAGAAGAAAAAGGAACCGAAAUAGAGCUAUUAACAGGUGCCUCCCACUAAAUUUUCGGAAAGAUGAAAUAAGAGGAAUUUAUAAAGAUCGAAUGAAAAUUGGAGCAAACCUUGCUGAUGUUGAUCCAAUGCAACUGGAUUCUUCAGUGCGAUUUGAUAGUGUUGGCGGCCUGUCCAGUCACAUUGCAGCUCUAAAAGAGAUGGUGCUGUUUCCCUUACUUUAUCCAGAAGUCUUUGAAAAGUUUAAAAUUCAACCUCCAAGAGGUUGUUUGUUUUAUGGACCACCUGGAACUGGAAAAACACUUGUUGCUAGAGCACUUGCCAAUGAGUGUAGUCGAGGGGAUAAAAGAGUGGCGUUUUUCAUGAGGAAAGGUGCUGAUUGUCUGAGUAAAUGGGUAGGAGAAUCUGAAAGACAGCUACGAUUGCUAUUUGAUCAGGCCUAUCAGAUGCGCCCAGCAAUUAUAUUCUUUGAUGAAAUCGAUGGUCUGGCUCCAGUACGAUCUAGCAGGCAAGAUCAGAUUCACAGUUCUAUUGUUUCAACCCUGUUAGCUCUUAUGGAUGGUUUGGACAGCAGAGGAGAAAUUGUGGUCAUUGGAGCUACCAACAGACUAGAUUCCAUAGACCCUGCUUUACGAAGGCCUGGUCGAUUUGACAGAGAAUUCCUUUUCAGUCUACCUGAUAAAGAUGCUCGAAAAGAGAUUCUGAAGAUUCAUACAAGAGAUUGGAAUCCAAAACCAGUGGACAUGUUUUUAGAAGAACUAGCAGAAAACUGUGUUGGAUACUGUGGUGCAGAUAUUAAGUCAAUAUGUGCUGAAGCUGCUUUAUGUGCCCUGCGUCGACGGUACCCUCAGAUCUAUACCACCAGUGAGAAACUACAGUUGGAUCUCUCUUCAAUUAAUAUCUCAGCUAAGGAUUUUGAGGCAGCUAUGCAAAAGAUAAUACCAGCUUCCCAGAGAGCUGUGACAUCACCGGGACAGGCACUGUCUGCCAUUGUGAAACCACUUCUGCAAAAUACUGUUCAUAUGAUCUUAGAAGCCCUACAGAAAGUGUUUCCACAUGUGGAAGUUGGAACAAACAAAGCUUUAAAUUCAGAUGUUUCUUUCCCUUUGCUAGAGAGUGAUUUGGCAUACAGUGAUGAUGAUACACCGUCAAUGUAUGAAAAUGGACUUUCUCAAAAAAAUUUUAAUCAGGCAAAAGAAAAUUUAAACUUUCUUCAUUUAAAUAGAAAUGCCUGUUACCAGCCUAUGUCUUUUCGACCAAGACUAUUGAUAGUGGGAGAACCAGGAUUUGGACAGAGUUCUCACUUGGCACCAGCUGUAAUCCAUGCUUUGGAAAAAUUUACUGUAUAUACAUUAGACAUUCCUGUUCUUUUUGGCAUUAGUACUACAUCUCCUGAAGAGGCAUGCUCACAAAUGAUUCGUGAAGCUAAGAGAACAGCACCCAGCAUAGUCUAUGUCCCGCAUGUCCACUUGUGGUGGGAAAUCGUUGGCCCGACACUCAGGGCCACGUUCACAACAUUAUUACAGAAUAUCCCUUCGUUUGCUCCAGUGUUACUGCUUGCAACCUCUGAGAGACCAUACUCCGCUCUGCCUGAAGAGGUACAAGAAUUGUUUACCCGUGAUUAUGGAGAAAUUUUUAAUGUCCAGUUACCAGAUAAAGAAGAACGAACCAAAUUUUUUGAAGACUUAAUUUUAAAACAAGCUGCAAAACCUCCUGUGUCACAAAAGAAAGCAGUUCUGCAGGCCUUGGAGGUGCUCCCGGUGGCACCUCCACCUGAACCAAGACCACUGACAGCAGAAGAAGUUAAACGGCUUGAAGAACAAGAAGAAGAUACAUUUAGAGAACUCAGGAUUUUCUUAAGAAAUGUCACACAUAGACUUGCUAUUGAUAAGCGAUUCCGAGUCUUCACUAAGCCUGUUGACCCUGAUGAGGUUCCUGAUUAUGUCACUGUCAUAAAGCAGCCAAUGGACCUUUCAUCUGUAAUCAGUAAAAUUGAUUUACAUAAAUACCUGACUGUGAAAGACUAUUUGAAGGAUAUUGAUCUAAUCUGUAGUAACGCUUUAGAAUACAAUCCAGAUAGAGAUCCUGGAGAUCGUCUUAUUAGGCACAGAGCUUGUGCUUUAAGAGACACUGCCUAUGCAAUCAUUAAAGAAGAGCUUGAUGAAGACUUUGAGCAGCUUUGUGAAGAAAUUCAGGAAUCUAGGAAGAAAAGAGGUUGUAGCUCUUCCAAAUAUGCACCAUCUUAUUACCACGUCAUGCCAAAGCAAAAUUCCACUCCUGUCGGUGAUAAAAGGUCAGAUCAAGAGCAGAAGGAGAAGCUGAAGGCACCUUGUACUCCCAUGGCAAGCAGCACCCCUGCUCGGUUGAAGAGAAAAUUCCGGAAAAAGUCAAAGUGGCAUGUAGGCACCAAAAUAAAACGAAGGAAAAUUUCACAAGCUAAAGACAGUAGCCAGACUGCUGUGAACAGUGCAAGCAGGAGUGACUCAGAAGACAGUCAGCACACACGUACAGAGCUCGGAAACACAGGGGAGUCCUCAGUAGAAGAAAGUGACAAGCAGAACACCUCUGAAAGCAACAUAGACUUGAAAAAUAACUCAAGUUCCUCCAAUAUUGAGAAUGAACUUGAAGAGCCUAAGCAAACUACAGAGGGCACAGAGCUGAGAAAAGCCAGGAUUGUUUGUAGUGGCGAUGCCGCUACUUCCCAGGUCACAGACAUUGCUGAAGAAAAUGAAUCAAAAGAAAUGGGGUUUCUGCGAAUGACUCGAGCUAGACAUUCCCAGGUAGAGCAGCAGCAGCUGAUCAGUAUGGAAAAGGCGCUGGCGAUUCUCUCUCAGCCUACACCUUCACUUGUUGUGGACCACAAGCAGUUAAAAAAUCUUUUGAAGACUGUUGUUAAAAAAAGUCAGGAAUAUAAUAUAUUCCAACUGGAAAAUUUGUAUGCAGUCCUCAGCCAGUGUAUUUAUGAGCACCGCAGGGACUAUGACAAAACAGCACUUGUUCAGAAAAUGGAACAAGCAGUAGAGAACUUCAGUUGUUCCAGAUCAUGAUAUCAUUACAUUCUAGAAUUUUGUAUUCAGUUCCUAUUUAAUUGUCUUUGGAUAUAAUCUUCAUAACUGAUGCUAGAUGAGAUGAAGUCUUGCAUCUUCAAGAAAAGAUUAAAAUAGUAAAAGUACUUUAAAUUUCUUGAUAUUUAUGUACAUGUAGUAAGAUAACUAGUAUGUCUUAAGAUGUUUAAGCAAAGCACUGUAACAAUUGUAAUCGUUUGACUAGAUUUUAAAGUUAUUUUGGUAAUUAAUGUUUUGUGACAUUUAAUGAUAGCUUAGCAGCAUUGCAUUUUUUUGUUACUGUUAGCUGAAGCACUUUUAGUUUUAUCAUUCCCUAGUCGGUUAUUGUAUCAGCUAGAUUUGUAUCUGUUGUAGUUUGCUGUCUUUGUUUUCCUCUAAUGCCUUUCUUCCAUUUGCCAAAAUUCAAGUGAUUUUCAAGAGGGCCUCAAUACAAUUCUGUACUUAAUAUAAAAAUUAAUGCCUUUAGAUAAAGAUUUUUAUAAUUCUAAUUUAGGUUAAUAAAGAUUUUUAAAUAUAUUGUUUACUUUUGUAAUUAUAUACACAACAAAUAUAUUAGUGACUAGUUUUUAUAUUUGACAACCAUUUAUCUUUCUAUCAUUGUGUUUAGGUUAUAUCCUAUAAAUAUUCUUUAUCUGCACAUAUAUGAUUAUAAAUAUAAAUUUUCUAUACUGAUACCAAAAACACAUUUCUUUCUUAAAGUUGAAGCCCGUUACUUCUUCUACACACUGUUGAGUGGGACAUUCAGACCUCUGCUUUCAGAGCAGCGUGUGCUGGGAAGCUCGCGGAGAGCAGCCACUGACGUCUGGGAGGCUGUCGGGCUUUGUUAGUGUUGUAAUGGUGGUGGGAAGGGUCAGACCGAGGGCCCAGUGUACACUAAGUACAUGCCUCGCUCAAGAGUUUAGAUUUUAGCAUAGUUUAAAGUUGAGCUGCCUUUUUUUAAUGUAGAUAUUUGAAAUAUUUCCAAAAUUCAGUAAUUUGGAUACCUUAAUUAGUAGAUGCUGUCUUAUAUACCUAUGCCAAACAUCGAUAACAUUUGAACAUGUUCAUAUUGAUAGAGAUAAUAUUGUAUAGGUUGUGUGUAUGUAUCUGGGUUCUCAGCCCUUGAGGUAGAGACAGGAAGAUCAAGAAUUCAAGGUCAUUAGCUACACAGUAAGUUUGAAGCCAACCUGGCUACUUGAAACACUGUCUCAAAAAAGCAAAUAAAUAAAGUAUUAUGCUUAAUAGUUUCUAUUGAAAUUUAUUAUAACUUAUUUCAGAUGUAUCUUUUUAUUGUACAUUUUGUAUAAUAAAUAUUAAAGUUGAAAACUGUUA